UACUGCACCGGUAGCUACUCCAUGGAAACGAGGUCCCUGUUGGAGUUUUGUUUACUCUCUUGGGGAGCCAACAGCUACGGGCAGCUGGGACAGGGACAUGUGGAAGACCAGUCAGUGCCUCGUCUCUCUGACACCGCUGCUCUACAAAGCAGGGCAGUCCAGACUGUGAGCGGCGGCGGGGGUCACUCUGUGUUUAUCACCGAGAAUGGAGAGGUGUUUGUGUGUGGACAGAAUAACAGAGGCCAGCUGGGACUUGGCCACAAUGCAGACACUGCAGCUCCCCAGCUCUGUCCCAGCCUAAAUCAGAGGGUCACAAAUGUAUCCUGUGGUUGGGAUUUUACUCUUCUUCUCACUGAUUGUGGUCAGGUCCUGGCAUGUGGCUCCAAUGCAUUUGGACAAUUGGGUGUUGGACCGACAGUCACACACUCUGCAGAUCUUCUGUUUGUUGAGUCUCUGAAAGGUCCAGUGGUGAGUGUAGCAGCAGGACUUAGACACUCCCUCGCCGUUACUGAUUCGGGCUGUGUGUAUCAGUGGGGAACUGGUCUUUUCAGUCAGGCCAAGAGAGCGCUCAGUCCACACCCUAUCCCAUCACACCUCUGCUCUAAGGUCCCCUGUCUGGUACCAGGUCUGGACCAGAAAACAUCACACCUGGUAGCUGCAGGCUCAGCACACUGUGUGUGCCUUACAGGAGACGGUGAUUUGUUUCUGUGGGGAAGCAACAAACAUGGUCAGCUGACCACCACAGAGCCCUUCUUGUCCUCCCCAGCCCUUCUGAAGCGCUCACUACUGGAUGGAGAGAAAGUUAGAAAUGUGUGGAGCGGCUGGACACACAUUGUUGCUCAAACAGAGAGUGGAAGAGUGUUCACAUGGGGCAGAGGAGAUUAUGGACAGCUGGGCCGACAAGCAUCAACCAGUCAGAACCCAGAGCAGCAGUCAGCUGGUCCUUUAGCAGAAGGUGGAAACCAGGAGGUUUGCUUCCCUGCAGAGGUUAAAGUCCUCAGUGGAGCAACACAGAUUGCAUGUGGAGCUGAACAUAAUCUUGCCAUUGUAGGGGAGUGUCUCCUUUCCUGGGGCUGGAACGAACAUGGAAUGUGUGGAGACGGUUCACAGACUGAUGUCUUUCAGCCUCAGCUCAUAUCUGGUCUCAGACCUCUUCUCAUUGGCUGUGGAGCCGGGCAUUCUAUGGCAUUAUGCACUGCAACGACUGGCUCAAGAUAAAACUCUGCACUGGCUCCAACAGGAGCAUUCAUUUGGCGUGCAACAGUCGGAAACAAGAAAAAGUGACUUUCUGAAUUAACGUGUUUCUGACUGAUUUAGUGGCUUAUUGGUGCUUUGCAAAGCCCUCAAUGGUUAUUUUAAGUGCCUUUGAAUUUAUAUAUAGUAUAGUAACUUUCACCUUCUGUAAGGCUACCUGAGCUGCUUGAACUGGUCACACUUCAAACUGCAGUUGUCAUAAAUAUUGUUGUGUGGUUGGACACAGGCUGAGAUAUGUUUCAUGUGGACAGAGGCCAUCAUUUCUCUGACCAGCCCGUCAUUUUGAUGGACAUGAUUGGGGGUGAUGGCUUUGCAGGACAUGACCAUGCCUAUGGCUCCUGGUCCACCUGCCAUGUUUGUCUUCCUGAAUGAAGCCGUUAUGGAUAGUGUGAGGGAUGGGCUAUACUGGUGCUAAAGCUCCAUCUUCCCAUGUCAGCGGUUUUAUUGCUGUGAUCUUGAAUGUCAGGAGGCAGUCAAUCUCUGCACUUCAUAGUGAAAAUCUCAUGAUUUACCACUCACACAUUCAGGACAGUAUUUUUUUUUCUUUGCCAACUGUCCAUCACUUAUUCAUAUUCUUGUCAGUCUGUGUGAUAUUCUUUGAUAUUAUGUUUAUCUUAUUUGCACCACUUUCAUACUGAAUACUUCAUCAACCCCUCUUGGGAGAAGCUCAUCCGCUGCAUUUGACCCAACCUACAUAUUUAUAAGCUGUGGGCGUCCGCAGUGCAGUACCCAGGGACCAGCUGCAGGUCUUAAGCCAGUGCCUUGGUCAAGGGCGAUAGCAGGACACAGAAUGGCUUAGGGAGGAGAUGUUUGUAUUGUAUUUACCUUUUUAUUUUUAAAUUUUUAAUUUUAUGAUUAAAGUUUAUGCAAUGUAGAAACCAUCUGUGUCACUGAAAUUAUGCAUUAAUGAAAGUUAAGUUAAUGUAUUUUUACCUGGAUUAGUUUGAAGAAAAAAAAAUCAACACUCGUUGAAAAAGGAUCAUUUCUGUGUUUUUUUUUAUUUAUCACUAUUUAUUGUACAAGCCUGAACUGUAUUGGUCAAAAAAGACACAAAAAAUCCCUAAACAACAAACCAAUCAAAACGAUCACCGAACACCUCAUUGAGAUAACUAACCACAAAUUGCACGGUGUCCAAAAUACACACUCUGAAGUCUCACUAAACGGCACACAUUAGUUGCCUCUUAGUUGUGUUAUUGAUUCCAUUGAUGGUAACAGCUGCUGUUUUUUCUUUUCUUUUUUUUAGUUCUGUGAGAUAUUGUUCAGCACACUGUCUCCCCAUUUGUGCUCAGUUCUGUUGGUAGAUCCAGAUCUGCUGUACCUGACUUUACACAGGCGUCAGCAAGUUGUUGGCAGUGUGUUUGCAGUUGUUUGGUAAAAAGUUGGUCCCUUUUCACUAACUUUUCCACACAAACAAUCUAUACUUUAUACCCAAUGGCUGUUUUUUAAUUAGGUAUGCUCACUGCUUGCUUUUAGAAACUGAUCCGUACGGGGGUCCUUAUUGUAUCCGUGUGUUGUUUGAGUACUGAACUGAUGCUUGUUUUCAAUGGCUUGUGACAGAUGGUUAAUUUAAAAUAAAAUGUAGAUUAGUUCAUCAUGUUGGUUAAGCUUUACUCCUGGAUGGUAAGAAGAAUUUGCAUAACAGAGGCACUUGUCCAGUAUGAGGCGUAUGAAGUUUUGGCAUUAGUUAGUAUUACAUUACUAAUAUACCAAUUUGCAUGUGUGUAGAAAAAGAAUAAUGAUCCAAUUUAACAUGAUUGUCAAUUAAAAUGUAUCACUGAAUAAUUAUGUCUGAGCUAUGACAUGAGUUAAUGUAUUUAUACAUAAGCUUUCUUUGUUAAUCAAAGUACAGCUACAUGUGAAGUUAUAUCAACAUUUAGUUAAUGUUGAAUAUAGAUUAUUCAUUUCUGAAUAACCUUAAAUAAGAUUUGCUUAACCAGCUAAAUAAUUCACCAAUCUCAAACGGCACACUUUGCCAUUUUAAUCCCUCAUUAAUACAAGGUAAGAGUGGUGUUUUUUGAAAGUAUGACCUUUUUUUCCCCAUUUUUUUGUUAAUGUUAUCUCUUUGAAGCCUGAAAACAUAUCAAAGGAAUGUUAAAAGUUUACUGGUGCAAAACAGUGCAAAAAGUCUACAAAGAUGUGACCAUGACAGUGCAGAGUUAACGAUUUGUUUUCAACUGUUUAGUCUGGCUGACAUGACAAGUGACAGGUUUUUGCUGGGGGGUGGGGGGAUUUUAAAUCGGAGCAACAUUUUUUUUUUUCUUUCAACAGAAGAAGCACACAAAUAUUUGAUGAUCACUCAAAACAUUGGUACACACAACGUCAGCACACAAAAAAGCAUAUUUACAGCACUGGCACACACCAAAAAUAGGCACACAAAUUACAACACAGUAACCAGUCACAGAUACUGAGCUACAUAAGGCUUGACAACAAAACUUCCUCAGUGCUACAUCUAUGCUGAGUUUGUGAUGUACAGGUUGUCACUGUCACACCCAUUUAAAAAUACUACAUAAUACACACAACAAUGCUACAGCACUAUCAGGUGGGUGAUGGGCCAUUAUGGGUCAUACACAUAGUGGUUGGUACACCAUGGUUCAUAACACAAACUGACUCUGUUGGUUGUCUGCUCCGGUGCUGUCGCUGGGUCUCUAUAAACAUAUAAAAAAACAAUAACAAAAAUAAAUUAUUACACAAAUUAUGUAUAAUGGUGGAAAUGAUGGCGAUAAUGGAUACCUCUGAUGUGCGAGGAGAGGUGAGAAAUGACACUAGCUUGGAGAGUAAAGAAAAUGUGCUCCGUUAGUUCCUCAUGGUAAACGACAGGUUUACCAUGUAUUUCCCAUGCUUAGCCAAGGCAUCAGACAACGAUGUACUGUCUGUGUGCAGAGGUUGGACUCUGAGUCGGUUAAUAAACAUGCCCAAUCAUGCUGCGUUUUACAGGUUGAUGUACAGUAGUUCAGUCACUGUCAUGCGUUUGUAUACUUUGCGUCAUGCUCUCACAGUCACCUUGUUUUUUUAUUGCUCUCUUU